CUAGUAGAGUACUCUUGUAGUAUGUUUACUCAAGAAAAAUACACACUCUCUCUCUCUCUCUCUCUCACGCAUUUCCUUCUAAUCAUCGAUGUCUCAGCUGAGGAGAAAGCCAAAUUUGUCAGACGAGAGUCUCCCACACGACGUUGUAUUCGACAUCCUUACUCGGCUGCCAGUGAAAUCCUUAAUCCGAUUCAGGUGCGUUUCAAAAUCAUGGUACUCUACAAUCACAAACCCCAUUUUCAUUACCACACACCUCAAUCACAACCUCAACCAACCCAAGUCAUUAGUAUCCAAUACCCAUUACAAUAACAGCCAUAAUGGUUUUCUGCUAUACAAGUCUUCUGACAAAGAAUUGUGUACUUUAGUUUACAACAGCGACGGCACAUUCACCGAGGUUUCUAGGUUUCAAAUACCCUUUUUAUCUUCCAGCGUGGUUGACUAUUGUAAUGGCAUGUUCUUCCUUUAUAGCUUUUUUGGUCCUACAAAUGCUGUAUAUUUGUGGAACCCAGUUAUUCAAAAGUUUAAAAUGAUCGAUGUUAUGCACUUCAGACCUUUCACUGUCGAAUUUUUAGAAACAGUCGCCUAUGGAUUUGCUUAUCAAUCUCAAAACAGUGAUUUCAAGAUUCUCAGGAUUGUGUCUUAUGAGGGGCUUGGUGAUGAAAAGGCGCCACCACCUGAUGCCGAGGUUUACACACUGAGUACUGAUUCGUGGAGAACUGUUGAAUUGUCAGUGGAAUCUGUACCAAAUAUUGGAUCUAUAUUUGCUGUACUACCAAACUCCUGUGUAUUUUUGAACGGAGCUCUGCAUUUUGUUGCAUAUACUUGGGGCAAUGACGGUGACAAUUUCAUCUUGUCUUUUGAUGUCAAUGAUGAGAUAUUUCGAGAGAUAAGACUGCCGGAGAAUUACUUAGAUGAAUUUUAUUCAAAGUUUGAUGACUGUGUUCACCAACUUGUGGUGUUCAAGGGAAUGUUGGCUUUGGUUGUUCUUGGUCCGGCUGAGAAUGUAGAUGAAGAUGAAGAUGAAAUAAAUACCGAUAUAUGCCUCAUAUGGGUAAUGAGAGAGUAUGGUAUAGUUGGGUCUUGGACUAAGACAAAUGUACUAUUUGAUUGGGUUAUGACGUUCUUUGACUGCACUAACAGCGGCGAAUUUCUAAUUGAAACUUUUGACAGCAGGCUCGUUUCAAUAGACUCUGAGAGCCUGCAAGUGAACAAUCUUAGAAUUCAAACAACUACCUGGUUGGCUUACACAGCUGAUCUUAUGGAGAACUUGGUUUUACUUGAUCAGCAAAAUGAAGCUGAUACUCCUUUGAGUCCUGAGAGAAAUCAUGGAGAAGCUUCUGACUCCUCAAACUGCUAUAGCCUCUGAUUUUCCCCAAAACUUUCAGCUCCUUCCACUUAGUACCCAUCUUCCUAUCUCUCCCUAUGUAUAAGUGACCCCUCCACUGCUCCACACCAUUUGCUUCAUCAAGCACAUAUCCUUCUUAUACUGGUUAUAUUUGCUACACAAAGUUUACGAUUCUUUGCUUCCAAUUUCAAGAGCAAAAAACAGUCUUGUUAAGAGUAGAUGAGUUCAAUAAGGAGAGCUAUUGUGGCAGACAGUGUUGCAGUUGUGGAAGCCAUGAAGGACUCGGGGAUCUGUAGGUGGAAUUUAUCAUGAGAUUAGCACAGCAGCAUGCCCAGAACCAUCUCAGGUCCUUUUCUCAGGUCAAGAACCUUUCUUCUUCAACUUCAGCAAUAAUUUUCAGCCAAAUUGAGAGAUGAUAAAAUGAAGCAGUUGGAGGAGUCAUUGAGGAAAGUCAUGUAUUUGAGUUGUUGGGUCCUAAUUGAAGGCAGUAGUCAGCUGAAUAAGGUGACCAUACAAGUGAGCCAGUGAAAUCUGAUGGAACUUUGUUGAGUGCAGGAAGACUUCAAGAUUAAUCAUGCAAGAUUUUAUACAUGCUUGUUGGUAGGAAAUGUUAGGCUGAUCUAAGCAGGCAUGAAAAUAUGUUUGCUAAGCAUGUGCUUACUUGUAAGAGCUUAAUCAGCUUAAGUUCUUUGCCAGUACACUACAAAUGAAGGCAUGAAUAUUUGUAUUUGUACAAGAUGCAAUUGAGAGAAGCAAGGAAGAAAAAGAAGAUUGCAACCUACGUAUAGAGAGAGAGAGAGAGAGAGAGAGAGAGGGAGAGAUGAAUUUAGUGUUUUUGCAGCCAUGUUGUUUGACCUGAUUUAAAGACUAAAAAGGAAUCAAGUGGCGUUCAAGAGAAAAAGAUCAUUAUAGACCAAUUUGUGACAGGUCUAAGCAGUACUCUCUUGAGCAACCUGCAGUUGUUGGACCCCAGAGAAAACAGCACAAGGCCCAAUUAUAGUGGAUUGUGAUGCAGUAGUUUGCUCAAACCACUCAAUCUUGUCUAUGGUCACAAGGAAUCUUGGAGGUGAAAACCGUGAAAUGUUGAGGGCAGAGAUAACUACUUCAAACUCAGAAAACCCGGAGGUGGUAGAAAUUGAGGCUAUGAGGUGGGCCAUUGGCCUAGCAACAAGCAUGGGAAUAUAAUCCUUGAAGGGACUCUGCUUAGACGUGAUUGCAUCCAAAGGAAAGCAACCAAGCUGGAAGACAAUGGGGUUCAAUCCAAGCCAUAAGGUAGUUGGCAAUGUCUUUUGUUGGAAUAGUCACUAACCUGGCAAUAGGGGGAGGUGAUUUCUUGUAUGUUUCAAAUUUUCCCAAAUAUAUUUUACUCGAGGGGUGAACCGCCAAAAAGUAAUUGAAAUAAUACUAUUUUACCAAUC